AGUCGGAAAGCUUCAUGUGAUUGUGAAUGUUUUGUUUUUUUUAGGUGUAUCUGUUGGCAUUUUUCACCCAAAAGGCAAAAAUGAAUCCCUUGACCAAUGUGAAAAAUAUACAGAAAUUAAAUCAGCUGGAAUUGCAGCUUGGAGGGAAGUCAAAAACAUCCUGGCACAACCAGUAUAAGGACAGUGCUUGGGUUUUUAUUGGUGGAUUACCUUACGACUUGACAGAAGGAGAUAUUCUGGCCGUGUUUUCACAAUAUGGUGAGAUUGUGAACAUAAACCUUGUCAGAGACAAAUCCACGGGUAAAUCUAAAGGCUUCGCUUUCUUGUGUUAUGAGGAUCAACGAAGUACCAUUUUGACAGUAGACAACCUAAAUUCUACAAAGAUUUUAGGCCGCACAUUGAGAGUUGACCACUGUGAGAACUACCGUCGCCCCAAAGAGACAGGAGAAGAAGAUGACUUAACCCAGCAGCUGAGGGCUGUAGGCUGUGCCCCCAAAACCCCCAGCGCUAGUGAAGAAGAGGGAGAGGAAGAUUUGCAGAUUGUGCCCCUCAAAAAAUUGAAGAAAGAGAAAGACACAUCUAAGAAGAAAAAGAAAGUUAAGAAAGAGAAGAAAAGAAAGAGAGACAAAGGCAUCAAAAUGGAAAGUGAAAGUGAGGAGGAUAGUGAACCACAGCAGGUGAAGAAAUCCAGAAGGUCACAUGACCCUAACGAACCAGUCAAAGUAAAGCAAGAGAAGAUCGACCCCAGUUAUGAUAAAUAUGCCACAGACAAAAGUGUCUUUAAAGGUGACUUUAGACAACCACAUGAAAUAAAGCAAGAGAAAGAUGAUAAAAUGGAUGUGAGGAAUAGAAGACAAGGAGAGAGGGGAGAUAACUCUGGUGGCAGUGUGAACAGGGAUGGCGACAGAUAUGUUAGGUGUAGGGAGCGAGAACAGCUCAGAGGUAGAGACCGAUCUCCCAACAAAUCAAGAGACCGAACAAAUGAGCGCGACCCAAUGAAGGACGGAGACACAAGAAACGGUCGUGAACAUUCUGCAAGACACAGCAAUCAAUCUAGAAGCUUCGUAAGUGGGCGUGAUGCCACACGAGACAGAGAUGGCAAUCGCGAAAGAACGCGAGACAGGGAUGGUGAUCGAGGCAGAAUACGAGCUAGGGAAUCUGAUCGUAAUGAAAGAACGCGAGACAGGACAAAUGACAGAGAAAAAGUACGAGACAGACAAAGUGAACGUGAUAGAGAGAGGGAGAGACAAAGAAGAUAAUGACAGAUGACAUUUACUUGACUCUUCUUUUGGUAAAACAUGAUAAUUUUAGUGUACAGAUUUUAAAGUGACUAGAUGUUAUUGUUUUGUAAUAAGUCAGUGGCU